ACACACACACAUGCUCCUGGAUUUGCAGCAGCCAGACAUCUAGGGCUCUCCUUGGCAUCCACAGGACAGAGUCAGACGGGAUUAAGAAACCACAGCAGUGGUAACCUCCGGGCUGCCAGUAACCCAUUCACUGCCCAGCCUGAUCGGGGGCGCCGGUGACCACUUCCCUCAGCCGACAGAAGGAGGCAAAUGAUGAAUUCAGACAAUUUAACCUCCCAAAGCUUCCUCUCUGCCAUUCACAGCAAUGCCAGCAGUUUGUUCUCAGGGCUCCAGUUUGUUCAGUCCUUCAAGCCACUGAUCAUCCCCUGCUACUCCCUGGUGGUUUUCGUCGGUGUCAUUGGGAAUUACCUUCUCAUUUACGUUAUCUGCAAGACAAAGAAAAUGCACAAUGUCACCAACUUCCUGGUAGGCAACCUGGCUUUCUCAGACAUGCUCAUGUGUGCCACCUGCGUGCCCCUGACCCUGGCAUAUGCCUUUGAGCCCAGGGGGUGGGUGUACGGCCGGUUCAUGUGCUACUUCGUUUUCCUGAUGCAGCCCGUCACCGUCUUUGUCUCUGUCUUCACUCUGACUGUCAUAGCCGUGGACAGGUACUAUGCCAUGGUCUACCCCUUCCGCAGGAGGCUCACCAUCCCUAUUUGUGCCUACAUCCUGGCUGCUAUCUGGCUGCUGAGCUGUACCUUGGCCGCCCCAGCCUUGGUCCAUACUUACCACGCGGAGUUCCCAGAGCUGGACUUCUCCAUCUGCGAGGAGUUUUGGUUCCACAUGAAGAGGGAUCGCUUAGCUUACGCCUACAGCACUCUCAUCAUCACCUACAUACUGCCUUUGACAGUCAUCUCCUUGUCCUACCUGAGAAUCUCAGUCAAGCUGAAGAACCGUGUGGUCCCAGGCAACGUCACCCAGGGCCAGGCUGAGUGGGAUCGAGCCAGGAGGAGAAAGACUUUUCGCUUGCUGGUCUUAGUGGUGGUGGCUUUUGGGGUUUGUUGGCUACCUCUGCACAUCUUCAACAUGAUAAAGGACAUAGACAUCAGCUUGAUCGACAAGCAGUACUUCAACUUCAUCCAGCUGCUCUGCCACUGGUUUGCAAUGAUGUCUGCUUGUACCAAUGCCUUCCUCUAUGCCUGGCUCCAUGACAGCUUCAGGGGGGAGCUGAAGAAAAUGUUUGCCUGGAGAAAGAAGAAAAUUGGCCCCACUACAAACUGCAUUAUGGCCAGUGUGGUGCUGUAA